AUGGGAGUGAAUAAUUUGUUUGGAUUUGUGACAUGUAGGUGAAGCAAAUGGUGGUGGCUACUCUUGCUGAAUCUGGCAUGAAUCUUUCCAGUGAUGUAAUUGAGAGCAUCAUUGAUAAGACGUUUGAGGAAGCGGAUACGAAACAUGACGGGAAGAUCGAUAAGGAAGAAUGGAGAAGCCUUGUGCUACGACAUCCGUCCCUCUUGAAGAAUAUGACCCUUCAGUACCUCAAGGAUAUCACGACAACAUUCCCGAGCUUUGUUUUUCACUCGAGAGUUGAGGAUAGCUGAUGGUGUUUACGCUUUCUGGUUUGUUUUGACAAGUUUUGCUCCGGUGAUCUGUUUGUGUACUUUUAUUAGACGUCAAUUAUGCAUAUAAAACAUUUGCCAUUUUGUUCACGCACUUUCUCAAAGACAUGUUUUUUCGUUUUCCGUCUAAAGUACAUCUUUUGUAA